AUGAAUCUUUCUUUCGGAGGUGCCCUCUUGGCCAUGCUUGCGGCUUCGUCCUCUUUUGGAGGAGUCGAAGCCUUCACUCCUCGCGCUCUUCAACAACCACAACACUUGAGUACACCCAGCACUACACUUUCGACACAAAGAACUUCAGUGAAGGUUUCUAUGGUUAGUGAUGAUGCCAAGAGUGACCUAUACGCACGAAGACCUCGUCCAGAAUACAUUCCAGGUGUGAUUCCUGAUCCUGAUUACGUCAGAAUUUUCGACACAACCUUGAGAGAUGGAGAACAGAGUCCAGGAGCUACUCUUACAUCGGAUGAGAAGCUUGAAAUUGCACGAAACCUUGCCAAACUUGGUGUUGAUAUUAUUGAAGCCGGUUUCCCAAUUGCUUCUCCAGACGAUUUCCAAGCUGUUAAGAAUAUUGCCGACAACGUGGGAAACGAAAUCUUCGAAGAUGGAUACGUUCCAGUCAUCUGUGGUCUUUCUCGUGCCAACCCUAAGGAUAUUGAAAGAGCUUGGAAUGCCGUCAAGGGAGCAACCCGUCCGCGAAUUCACACCUUCAUUGCCACUAGUAAGAUUCACAUGGAAACAAAGUUGAACAAGACUCCUGAUGAGGUCGUGGAGAUUGCUGUGAAUGCCGUCACUUUUGCCAAGAGCUUGGGAUGUGAUGAUAUUGAAUUCUCUCCAGAAGAUGCCGGCCGAUCCGACCCGGAAUUCCUUUACAGAAUCUUAUCUGCUGUUAUCGAGGUUGGAGCAACCACACUCAAUAUCCCAGAUACCACCGGCUGGAAUAUGCCGUGGGAGUUCGGUGGUCUGAUCAAGAAGUUGAGAGAGAAUGUCAAGGGAGCAGACAAGGUUGUCUUCAGUACACACUGUCAAAAUGAUCUUGGUCUUGCCACCGCCAACUCUUUGGCUGGUGCCUUGAAUGGAGCCCGUCAGUUGGAAUGUACCAUCAACGGAAUCGGUGAACGUGCCGGAAACGCCUCUCUUGAAGAAGUUGUCAUGUCUUUGGCUUUGAAGGGCGAAACACACUUUGAGGGAGGUCCUGGAACUGGCAAGCUUUACACUGCCAUCAACCCUGUCCACAUCAGUUCAACCUCCAAGAUGGUGUCUGAAUACACUGGUAUGAUCUGUCAACCACACAAGGCUAUUGUUGGUGCCAACGCAUUCAAGCACGAAUCUGGAAUCCACCAAGACGGUAUGAUCAAGAACAAGAGUACAUACGAGAUCAUGACUCCAGAGAGUAUUGGUUUGAUGAGAGGUGAUAAUGACUCUGGUGCUGGAAUCGUCCUUGGAAAGCACUCUGGACGCAAUGCCGUUGGCACACGUUUGAAGGAACUUGGAUACGUUCUUGAAACAGAAAAGUUUAACGCAGUUUUUGCUCGAUUCAAGGAAGUCGCCGAGAAGCGAAAGGGUGGCCUUGAAGACGAAGAUUUGGAAGCUUUGGUCUUGGAUCAAGCCGGCAACAUCAACCAGAUGUGGCAGGUUACCGGCCUUCAAGUUUCCACUGGAAUGUCUGGCAUUCCCACAGCUACUGUCAAGAUGCGUGGCCCAGACAUGGUCGAAAGAUAUGUAGCCUCCACUGGAACUGGUCCCGUCGAUGCUGUCUACAAGGCCAUUGAUCAAAUAAUGGGCAUCUCUGUUGAAUUGGAAAGCUAUUCCUUGACUUCGGUGACCGAAGGAAUUGAGGCCUUGGCUGUUACAAGAGUCAGUGUUUCUCCAAUCGAAGGCGGUCCAAAUGAUGUUCCUUCUAUCCAUUCACAAUUCGGAGAUUUCAAGAACCGUAAAUUCUCUGGUUCUGGUUCCGACACUGAUAUCAUCACAUCUUCCGCUAGAGCUUAUGUUUCUGCGGUAAACAAGAUCUUGUCGUGGAAUGCCCGAAGGUCUCAACCGGAGUCAGGAGCAAACGGGACGGCAGGAGAUGCCAUUGAAACUGUGUCCGAGGUGGUGACUAGUGCUUAG